CGCGCGCGCUUUUAAUCUGUUUAAGAAGCGCAUCGUGUGGUGUUCUUUCAGCUAUUUCAGCAAGCUGGAGUUUCGAUGGUGAGAUGUGUUCAGUGAUCUCGGCUCUUUUCAGACACGCAGAUAGAUAGACGACAACGCUGCAAUUGAGCCAGUGCGUUUUCUCGUAAAAAAAUGGCUUCCGGCAAGGAUGUGUCCGGCGACUGCCUGCAACCGACACUCGACCCCAUCAAGAUCGACUGGCUCGACCUUUCGUCGUUCGGCUAUCCCGACUCGCUCGGUCUGAGCGCGCUUCCCGGCUGCAGGUUCAAGGAAACGUGGAGGGACGUCGCGCGAGACGUCGAGUACCUCAAGCUGGAGGACAUCAGCGACGUGUUCGUGCUGUGCACUCGGGGCGAGCUGUCGCUUUACCGGGUGCCGACUCUGCUCGCCGAGUACGAGAACCACGGAAUGACGGUGCACCACUACCCCGUGCUGGACGGCAUGCCUCCCGCCAUCGGCCAAACGCUGGACAUUCUGCGCGAAAUCGGCGAGACCAUUCAAGAGGGGAAACGAGCGCUCGUCCACUGCUUCGGGGGCCUUGGACGCACGGGCGUAGUCGCCGCCUGCCUUCUCCUCAACUUGGACGACAACAUGGCGCCCGAGCACGCCGUUCGCAAAGUGCAAGAGCUGCGAGGCAAACGCGCCAUACAGACAGUGAAGCAGUACAACUUUAUUCACGACUUCAGGCAGGCUCGAGACGAGUACCUGAAAACGACUAGCAGCAGCGAGAACACAUAGAUGUUUUAGCAGGAAGGGGCUCAGCCAGGGUACACAACUACAGCCUUUAACCAAAUUGGAUGAAGACACGUGAGCGUUACAUCCCUGUUACCACGUGUGUCUGCCUCUUGUGCUACUCCGCACAAAAUCUGUAAUGUAAAUAACGGGACAGGCAGUAUUGUGCACAACAUGGGGUUAGUAGAUUAACACUGUCUGGGAAUGCAUUUUUUGCAAUUAUUUUAACGACGAGAAUGUGCCAGAGUACUCUGCCUGUACUGAGGGACGCCAACUGCCAUGUUCUCUCAGUCGUAAAAAUGGGGACUGUUCAAGGCAGAGACUAUGAAGGUCGUUCGGCAAGCUAGUGAAAGAAUUAUACGAGUGACCUGAGCCACACAAACUGUGGAGACUUAUAAUGUUCGUGAAGCAUACAUUUUUAAGACCGGUGAAAAUAUUCAAGAAUGAAAUGUUUGUUCUGUUUUGCUAACUGAAUAAAUUUGCCUGUAACAUGUUUAAC